AUGGCGCUGAUAACACCCGGAAUCCAUUUUAUCGCUCGUGCUGCCUAUAAGCUAGUCCCUAUCGUCCUACUUGCCUUUUGGCUGCGAUCCUGGAUAUUGCUCCUUCUCCCGCUUGUUCUUCCAUUGUAUCCUAUCCUCCUUUAUCCAUACUAUGCCCGGCGCGCCUCCUUUCUCAAUGCACGUCUCGCUCCUCAAGUGCGUGGGACCCUCCCUUUCAACGUCGACAUCAUGCAAAGAUCUCAGAAUGACAAGCAUCCUUGCGAUACACUGGCAGCACUGGCCACGGAGUAUGGGCCCAUAUUCAAUACCAAUAUCAUAGGGCUUAUGCAGAUCGUGACCACGAGCCCGAAACACAUUCAACGUGUCCUUGCCACCGAUUUCGACAACUUCGAGAAAGGGAAGGAAUUUCAAGAGACUAUGUCGUCUGUGCUCGGGACGGGAGUAUUCAAUUCAGACGGGAAGAUGUGGAAAUUUCAUCGAACGAUGACCCGCCCAUUUUUCUCGCGCGACCGCAUCUCGCAUUUUGACUUGUUUGAUGGCCAUGCACAGACAGUGGUAGCUAAAAUGAAAGAGCGCCUCCGGAUGGGUGUAGCAUUGGACUUUCAGGACCUUAUCCAACGCUUUACCCUCGAUUCUGCAACAGAAUUCCUCUUCGGGAAAUCAGUCGAGAGUCUCUUAGGUAACCUUCCGUACCUACCCUCUUCAACUCUUGAUCUUGGCAAAAGCCACAAGAAAACUCAAUCAGAAGUUUUCGCGGAUGGCUUUCUGUCUGCCCUUAAGAUCCUGCAUGAACGUGGUGAUGAAGCGUGGAUUUGGCCACUAUUCGAGAUUUUCAAAGACAGAACAGCAGCACCUAUGAGCGUUGUCAACCACUUCAUAGAGCCGAUCGUGGAUGAGGCGGUAAAGCAGCGGGACGAAGAGAAGAACGGAGUUGGGGAGACGGAUGACGGCCAGAAAGACACAUUACUGGGGCAUCUUGUCCGUGAGACGAACGACCCGAAGAUAUUGAAGGAUGAAAUCCUUAAUAUCUUAAUUGCUGGACGCGACACUACAGGGUGGACACUGUCUGUACUGGUCUACUUUCUAUGUACCAACCCUCUCGUGUGCACCCGUCUCCGCCAAGAGAUCAUCAACUCAGUGGGACCCGUACGGCGCCCUACGUUUGAAGAUAUCAAAGGGAUGAAGUACUUGCGAGCGGUGAUCAAUGAGACCAUGAGAUUAUAUCCCGCCGUUCCAGUGAACGUUCGCACGUCAAUCAAGGAGACAACGUUCCCAUCUGAUGAUCCGGAUGAGAAAGACAUAUAUGUUCCCGCAGGAACACCCGUUCCAUACUCUGUCUUCCUGAUGCACAGACGAAAAGAUCUUUGGGGUCCAGAUGCCGAACAAUUUGACCCUCUGCGGUUUAUUGACGAGCGGCACCACCGCAUAACAAAAAAUCCAUGGAUCUUCUUACCCUUCAAUGCUGGUCCUCGGAUAUGCUUGGGGCAGCAAUUUGCUUAUAACGAAAUGUCGUUUAUCAUCAUCCGGCUGUUGCAGGCAUUUGAGGGCUUUGAGCUUGAUGAAAGUAUGGGAGGCAAGGUGGUAUAUGGAUCAAAGCGAAAGAGGCAGGAGAGAUCGAAGAAGUAUAGUACUCGGAAGUAA